AAGAUGAGUUGUCUUUUCCCUUUAAAAGAAAUAAGACAGAGAAAUCUCAACCGUCCAACAUACUCAAGUUAAGGCUUUUGUCCUAAAAAGUCCGUUAAGAAAUAUUGCCGUUCAAAUUCUGUGUCGCCCCAUUGCACCCACACGCUUUUAAUUUCUUUUUAUCUCUCAAUAUUUCCGUUCCGCACAAGGGUAAUCACUUUGAGUAAAUCUCUCUUGUUUUUUUUUUUUACCUCACAACUCCACUUAAACAUCCUGCAAAUUUCAUAAAAAUGAAGGAUAUUUAUGGAAAUUUACUCUUUUCCCUGUUUCCCUCUCUCAUGGUUGAGUGCCGUUUCCUCUUUUAUAGUACACUGUCGCUUUCAUUGUCUUUCACUCGUUCAGAGUUUCAGACAAGUGCAAAAGCUCCAAACCAACUUUUUUUAGUUGUUUUUUAUUUGAGGGUUUUGUUUGGUUUUUUGGAAUGGAGGUGGGAAGCUGUGAAUUUGGUGAUUCAGCCACCAAAAUGAGUGCUUUGAACGGUGGUGUCAGAGCUGAGAUCGAUACGUCGGCGCCAUUUGAGUCAGUUAAGGAGGCUGUCUCUCGAUUCGGUGGAAUUGGUUACUGGAAACCCUCUCAACAUAAGCUCAUCCCUGAAACUGAGCAUGAUAUGGAAGAAGUGGACAUUGCAAAAUUGGAGGAGCAAGCAGCACAAUUGGAGAAGGAUCUCAUUGUUAAGGAAAGAGAAACAUUGGAUGUGCUAAAAGAACUUGAAACGACAAAAACAACUGUAGAAGAGCUAAAAUUAAAGCUGCAGAAAGAAGCUUCCGAAGUAAAUGUGACCGUUGAGAUGAAUACAGAUGUCAAGAAUGUGGCCUCUACAGUGAAUGACGCAGAGAAAGAAAAUCAUCAAGGUGGCCAACCAAACUUGGCUGGAAAUUUGAGUCCCCGCCCAUCAUCAUCUCCUGGUUUAAUCUUAAUGGAGUUGAACCAGGCCAAAGUGAAUCUUUCCCGGACAACCAAUGAUCUCGCUGACAUUCGAGGUUCUGUGGAAUCACUAAACAAGAAAUUAGAGAAGGAAAGAAUUUCUCUUGAGAAGACUCGAGAGAGGCUAAGUCAGAAUUCAUCAAAGAUAUCAUCCCUUGAAGAAGAGUUAAAUCAAACAAGACUCAAACUGCAAGUAGCAAAAGAUGCUGAAACCAAAAGCAGUGCUGAUAAUCCUUUGGAUAUAUCAAGGGGGCUCCAACGAUUGAGUUCUGAGGCUGAGCAAUACAAGAAAAUCGGAGAAGCAGCAAGAUCAGAGGUUUCAAGAGCAAUAUCUGAGAUUGAACAGACAAGAACAAGAAUAAAAACAACUGAGAUGAGGCUACUUGCAGCCAAAAAAAUGAAGGAAGCUGCUAGAGCUGCAGAAGCUGUGGCUCUUGCAGAGAUCAAAACUCUUUCAAGAAGGAAGAGCUCGUGUGGCGUUCCUGUGCAAAAGGCUGAAGGGGUGACUAUUUCAUUUGAAGAGUACUCUUCCUUAAUGUGCAAGGCUCAAAAUGCCGAGGAACUUUCUAAUAAGAGAGUGGUUGAUGCUAUGCUCCAAGUUGAUGGAGCAAAUGUUUCAAAAAUGGAAGUCUUGAAGAGGGUAGAGGAAGCCACUGAAGAAGUCAAAACUAGUAAGAAGGUCUUGGAAGAAGCAUUGAACAGAGUAGAAGCUGCAAAUAAGGGCAAGCUGGCAGUGGAGGAGGCCCUUCGCAAGUGGAGAUCUGAGCAUGGUCAGAAAAGACGUUCUGUACACAACUCUACCAAGUUCAAGAAUUCUUACCCGUCUCACAAUCGAAAAGAUUCUCACUUAUUAGAUGUGAAUGGAUUGAAUCUGGUUUGUGAUGGUCCAACUCCUGUUUUGAAGCCAACCCUAUCAAUAGGGCAAAUACUAAGCCGGAAGUUGCUUCUGCCUGAAGACUUUGAAACUGAGAUGCUGGCAGAGAAAGGCACUGUGAAGAGAAAGGUGUCAUUGGGUCAAAUGCUCAGUAAACAAAAUGGUGAUUUCACCUUAACUCCCAAGACAGAGAGAGAAAUCGGUCAAAAGCAGUUCUCUGGAAAGAGGAAGAAGUUUGGAUUUGCUCGGUUUUCCCUGCUUUUAGUAAAACAAAGCAAGAAAAAGAAGAAGCCAACUCUUAACUUGAGGUAGUGCUAUAGGGUACCUCAGUUCCAAGUGAAUCCACUGACUUCCAAUCACUUGUAUUCUUGACUUCAUUUCCCUUCACUUUCCCUGUUUUAUAUUGUUUUCGUGAGGUUCUAUAUAUCCUUUGUUCGACUAAUUUAUAUCCUAAUUAGAUGUGACAAUUUGUGUAUCUUAGACAUGUUUAAAAUGUUAGGUCUAAUCCUGAUAUCGUUAUGUGAGGCUAUGUUGCCGUGUUUGAAAACCCUGUUGCUUUAACUUUACAUCAAAUGUGACUAAAAUGUUGUGCCACUAUAUUCAUCUGUUGGAUUUUCUUGCAAAGCAUGAAGUAAUCUUUCCCCAUCCAUAUACUGUCAGAAUUUACAAGACUAUUAGUAAG